AUGCUGCCCCUCAACCUGGCGAUCCUGGUGGAGGUGGUGAUGGUGGGGACGUUGACGACGAUGGGCACCAUGGUCAGGAUCCUGGGCCUCGCUCUGGUGGACGUCGACGAAGUUUCGCUGGUGGUGCUGCUGGCGGCGCUGCUGACCCAUGUGAUGGAGGCAACGACCCGUGGUCGGCGGGCUAAGGUUUCCCGCAGUCGAAGAUGCCACAACGCCAUGGCCUACUUCCGACUGUGCCCGCUUUACCCGCUUUCCCGGACAACGCGGAGUCCGAGGAAUUCGUGCUGCAGCCGUCCCAUAUUGACAUGGAACAGGCUGUGUUGGAUGCCAUCCGCCCUCGACGUGGGCGCGUGGUUGGCCCACCUGAUGCUGCUGCUUUUGGAUCGCUCUCUGUAUUGGAUACCCUCGUGCUUCCCAAGGCUGGGGUUCAAGAUGUUCUUGAGCUUCCAGAUGGUGGUGUACUUCCAGAUGGUCGUGAGCUUCCAGAUGGUCGUGAGCUUCCAGAUGUGCUUCUUGGUGGGCUUCCUGACGAGCGUGAGCUCCCAGGCGGUGGUGGGCGUCCUGAUGGUCAUGAACUUCCUGGAGACGCGGCUCUUCCUGAUGCUGCGCUUCGUCAGGCUGAGCGUGUUCCUGGUGAUGUGCGUUCUCUGGGUGAUGCUGCCCCUCUUGCUGACCGUGCUGCUGACGUACCUUGUCCUGCUGACGCCCUUCGUGUGGAGCUUCCAGAUGGUCGUGAGCUUCCGGGUGGUCGUGAGCUUCCAGAUGGUCGUGAGCUUCCAGACGAGCUUCGUGGUGGGCCUCCUGAUGGUCGUGAGCUUCCAGACGGUCGUGAACUUCCAGGUGGUCGUGCGCUUCUUGGAGACAUGGUUCUUCCUGAUCGGCGUGCGGGUCCCCCCUGAUAUUAGUGUCGAUCAUGUCGACGGUCUGGCUGCAGUUGUUGCCAGCUGUGCUUUUCAUUUAUGAGAUACUUCGUUCUCUUCGCCGUCCGCCUGGUGGGCUUGGUACGUCUCUUCGGUCACGGCGGCGACCUCCGCCUAUUUGCGUUGAUUUGCCAUAUUGCG